AAAAAAAAUGCAAGUUACGCCUUGUUCCACUAGAGGGCAGCACUGAGAGAACAUUUAGAAAUGUCAGAGAAGAAGAACUUUAACACGUGUUUGUCUAAUUUGUUCGACUCUACUCUGAAUAUUUGUUGCAGAUUUAGGGUUUUUUGGCUUUUAAUUUAGAAGAAAACAAGCGGGGAAAUGCCGAAAGUGAAGGCGGAAAAGAAGAGCAGGCAGCACCAGGAUGUCAAGAGUCAAGGGAUCAUGUUCAACACUGGAGUUGGUCAACACAUCCUGAAGAACCCUCUGAUCGUCAACGCAAUCAUUGAGAAGGCUGCUCUGAGGCCCACAGAUGUGGUUCUGGAGGUUGGACCUGGUACUGGUAACAUGACUGUAAAGCUGCUGGRAAAAGCCAAGAAGGUUGUGGCCUGUGAGCUGGACGGCAGACUAGUGGCUGAGCUGCAGAAAAGAGUACAGUGCACACCUUUGCAGACUAAACUUCAGAUAUUAGUUGGUGAUGUUUUAAAAACAGACCUGCCUUUCUUUGAUCUCUGCGUAGCUAAUCUGCCUUACCAGAUUUCUUCACCGUUUGUCUUCAARCUCCUGCUGCACCGACCCUUCUUCAGAUGUGCUGUGCUGAUGUUCCAGAGGGAGUUCGCCAUGCGGCUGGUUGCCAAACCCGGAGACAAGCUGUACUGCAGGCUGUCCAUCAACACGCAGCUGCUGGCUCGUGUCGACCACCUCAUGAAGGUGGGGAAGAAUAAUUUCCGCCCUCCUCCUAAAGUUGAGUCAAGUGUAGUGAGGAUAGAACCGAAGAACCCUCCUCCUCCAGUUAACUUCCAGGAGUGGGAUGGUUUGGUCCGAAUCGCCUUCGUACGAAAAAACAAAACCCUCAGCGCGGCUUUUAAGUCUGCUGCAGUGGAGCAGCUGCUGGAGAAAAACUACAAGAUUCACUGCUCUGUCCACAGCGUGGACGUUCCAGCCGACUUCAGCAUCAGCAAGAAAAUCGAGAGCGUUCUGCAGGAGGCUGGCUUCAGUGAAAAGAGGGCCCGCUCCAUGGACAUCGACGACUUCAUGAUGUUGCUGCACGCGUUCAACUCUGCAGGAAUCCACUUUUCAUAGACGUGUUCUGUUUGGAGUUGGUCUGGGAUGAAUUGAAUUUCUAAUGUUGAAAUGUUUGGAUUAGAUGCAUUAAAACAGCUCAUAUUGAGUAAUAUAUAAAACUGUUUCAAUAAGCAUGCAAGGACAACUUUUGGCAGGUGUGUGCACGCGUUUUGUAAUCUGCAGAAAUACAGUAUUUACAAACAUCAUUUUAUCUUUAAAGUGCAGAAUUUGUUUUUUGAAAUAAAUUCUGCUUCCAUUAUAUUUGUGGUCUUUGAUAUUAAAUAGUGCUGCACUCAAAGUAAA